AACACCGGUAGGGUUUGUGCUUUACGGGGCUGAGCUUUAUAUUGUGCGAUUUAUAUCUGCAUCAGACCUUCUUUGGAUUGUUAUGUUUUUGCAGCUGGAUAGUGUUUAUCUGUAACAUUUUUACCGUCCCUUCUGUAGGCUUUGAUCGAUAAUGCUAUUUCUGUCGUUUCAAUGGCAAGACGGCAAUUAAAGGUACAUACGCCUAUCGAUUAUUAUUGUCCAGCCAGCUAGGUAAGACACUUUAUGAAUACUGCAGCGAGUUUAAUUUGGAGUUGGCAUAAUUUGCAGAAUUAUUAAUGCUGAGACGAUCGUAGUGUUGUUACAUGAUUUAUAUGUUAACAAUAUUCGGAACAAUUUAAUCCCAUCCCGACUCAAUCAGACAAAACAUCUUAAAUAAUUCAGAAUGCAUGUCGUGCAAAUCAGCUAAAUCAGAUGCAUUGAGAUUGAAUGCAGUUUGUGGUUAAAACUUGAUCGCGGCAGGUUGUCGUGGUGUAGCAAAGUGAAUCUGUAAGGCCAGAGGCGGAUUGAGCGAUCAAGGUGGCUGAGACUGGAGAGAUAAGAUGGGCUCGGGCUUUCGGAGUGAGGAGAUGUGCUUGGCGCAGCUGUUCCUGCAGUCUGGUUCGGCAUACGACUGCAUCAGCGAGCUGGGAGAAAUGGGACUGGUCGAAUUUCGAGAUCUCAACCCCAGUGUCAGCUCCUUCCAGCGUCACUUCGUCAGUGAGAUCAAGAGAUGUGAGGAAAUGGAGAGGAUUCUGGGGUAUCUGCUGAGGGAAAUUAGGAAGACUAAUAUUGCAGUAUCAGAAGCUGAAGUCCCUCCUGUUGCCCCUGCACCCAAAAAUGUAUUGGAGAUCAUGGAGCAGCUGCAGAGGCUGGAGGUGGAGCUCAGCGAGGUGGCCAAAAAUAAAGAAAAACUCCAGCGGAACCUGCUCGAGCUGACAGAGUACACACACAUGCUGAGAAUCACACACACCUUUAUGCACAGCCGUUCCAGACAUGAAGCCCUGGGCCCUCAGUAUGAGGAGUUCCCCUCUCUGGAGACUGACUCAGUGACAGGCUGCACCAGUAUGCAGAGACUGGGCGCCAAACUCGGGUUUAUCUCAGGGUUGAUUCAGCGGGUGAAGGUGGAGGCAUUUGAGCGGAUGCUCUGGCGGGUCUGUAAAGGUUACACCAUCCUCAGCUAUGCAGAGGUUAAUGAGAGCCUGGUAGAUCUCGACACGGGUGAGAUAAAUAAGAAUGUAGUGUUCCUCAUCUCCUUCUGGGGUGACCAGAUCGGACAGAAGGUUCAAAAAAUUUGCGACUGUUACCAUUGUCAUGUUUACCCUCAUCCUGAGACAGACGAGGAAAGGGCAGAUGUGAUGGACAAUCUAAGGACGCGUAUCCAAGACUUACAAAACGUUUUGCACCGCACUGAGGAUUACUUGAAGCAGGUCUUGCAUAAGGUGUCUGAGUCAGCGCACUCCUGGGUGCUGCAAGUGAAGAAGAUGAAAGCGAUCUAUCACAUUCUCAACCUCUGCAGCUUUGACGUCACUAACAAGUGUCUGAUCGCUGAAGUGUGGUGUCCGGUCAGUGACCUGGCUAACCUGAGGAGGGCGCUAGAGGAGGGUUCGAGAAAAGGUGACGCCACCGUCCCAUCCUUUGUGAACCGUAUACCGAGCAAUGACACUCCACCGACCCUUUUAAGGAGCAACAAGUUUACCUCAGGCUUCCAAAGUAUAGUGGAGGCCUAUGGAGUAGGAGACUACAGAGAGGCCAGCCCAGCUCCUUAUACCAUAAUCACCUUUCCCUUCCUGUUUGCCGUGAUGUUUGGAGAUCUCGGUCAUGGUGCAGUCAUGACACUCUUUGCUCUGUGGAUGGUGUUGACUGAGAAGGACCACACACGAAGGCGACCAGGAAGUGAGAUCUGGGCGAUGUUUUUUGAUGGGCGCUACAUCAUACUGAUGAUGGGACUGUUCUCUAUGUACACGGGACUCAUAUACAAUGACUGUUUCUCUAAAUCCCUCAACAUCUUUGGCUCGGCCUGGAGCGUUAAGGCCAUGUUCACAGAGCAGCAGUGGUCAAAUGAAACUCUUCAAACGAAUGCCUUACUCACCUUGGAUCCCAACGUUUCUGGAGUUUUUUCUGGACCGUAUCCACUAGGCAUCGAUCCAAUCUGGAACAUGGCCAUGAAUCGCCUGACCUUCCUCAACUCCUACAAGAUGAAGAUGUCUGUGAUCAUUGGAGUUAUUCACAUGAGCUUUGGGGUGGUGCUCAGUGUCUUCAACCACUUGCACUUCAGACAGAAGUUUAAGAUCUAUCUUCUCUUUCUCCCUGAGCUGCUCUUUUUGCUUUGUCUUUUUGGGUAUUUGGUCUUCAUGAUCUUUUACAAAUGGCUGGCUUUCUCAACGCGAGACUCUCGUCUGGCUCCAAGCAUUCUCAUCCACUUUAUCGACAUGUUCCUAAUGCAGGGGAAUGACACUACACCCCUGUAUCCUGGGCAGAUGGGGCUGCAGGUGUUUUUGGUGGUGGUGGCCCUGCUGUCGGUUCCAGUAUUGUUACUAGGGAAACCUCUUUACCUCUACUGGCUGCAUCAUGGUGGGAAGAGCCUGGGGGUCCACAGGGUUUGUCUGUGUUUUUGUGGCUACGAGAGAGUUCGGCGUGUGAGUGAGGAAGAUCUGUCUCCAUCUGUCGUGCAUGAUGAAGAGGAGGGACUAAGUGACUCAGAAGGACGUCAGGAGUUUGAUUUUGGGGACGUCUUCCUUCAUCAAGCAAUUCAUACCAUAGAGUACUGUUUGGGCUGCAUCUCCAACACAGCCUCCUAUCUGCGUCUCUGGGCCCUAAGCCUUGCCCAUGCUCAGCUGUCAGAAGUAUUGUGGGUGAUGGUAAUGCGAGUGGGGUUGAGGGUAAGCUCCAGACUAGGCGUGCUUUUCCUCGUGCCUGUGUUCAGUGUUUUUGCCCUGCUCACUGUCUCCAUUCUGCUGGUUAUGGAGGGACUGUCUGCAUUCCUCCAUGCUCUGCGUCUGCACUGGGUGGAAUUUCAGAACAAAUUCUACAGUGGGACAGGAGUCAAAUUUGCACCUUUUGACUUUUCUCUGUUACCCUCUGUCUUUGAGCAAGAGGGUUUACUCUGACCUGUGACGGCACUUUGUCUAUGAACAGAAAACCAUGACCUAUCGACCUAUGGGCACUGGACAAUGCAGAAGCAGUUUUAAGAGUAAAAUCUUGCAGUUCCAGUGUUGUUUCUCUUGGUCAUAGUUGGAUCAGUAGGUCUAACUGACAGCCCUUUUUGCACCCAUCCAUAUCAGAUAUGUCUGGUGUGGAUUAUCAGCUGUGGCUCCAUCAACAUGUGCUGUCAUUCAAGGAGCGUUUGUCAACAAACCCUGUUAUUAUAUUUAUCUUAAGAGAUAUGACUUGUAUUUGGUAUUACACAUUCAUAAGCAUUUGCUGUCAUAUCGAUUUUCAAAGUGCCAUAACUAUUUUUCAAUGUACAGUUUUGUACGCUACACCGAAAUGUACUUUCGCUUGCUAUAGCUAGACUAAACAUGCACUGCAAAAAGUAAUUUUAUUAUUUACUAUUUUUGCCUUGUUUUCCAGGUAAAAUAUCUAAACAUUCUUAAAACCAGAUAAAUACUUGACAAGCAAAAUUUCAUAAGAUAUUUUUGUAUAUUAAAACUAUUUGCCAAUGGGAUAAGAAAAAUAAACUUAAUUCAAAGGGAAAACAAGUUUAUUUUUCUUACCCCAUUGGCAUUUUAUUUUUUUAUUUUUCUUGUUUUAAGCAUAAAGUUUACUACAUUUUGUCAGAUUUCUCUGAAAUAUAUUUUUUAUUUACCCCCUUUUCUCCCCAAUUUUGGAAUGCCCAAUUCCCACUACUUAGUAGGUCCUCGUGGUGGCAUGGUUACUCACCUUAAUCCGAGUGGUGGAGGACAAGUCUCUUAUCACGUGGCUCGCUGUGCAUGACACCGCAGAGACUCACAGAAUGUGGAGGCUCAAGCUAUUGUCCGUGAUCCACGCACAACUUACCACACGCCCCAUUGAGAGCGAGAACCACUAAUUGUGACCACAAGGAGGUUACCCCAUGUGAAUCUACCCUCCCUAGCAACCGGGCCAAUUUGGUUGCUAUGGGGACCUGGCUGGAGUCACUCAGCAUGCCCUGGAUUCGAACUCGUGACUCCAGGGGUGGUAGUCAGCGUCAAUGCUCACUGAACUACCCAGGCCCCCUCUGAAAACAAUAAUUAAUAUAUUGUAAAACAUUUUCUUGUCAAGUAAAUGUAUCUUGUUUUACUGGAAAACAAAACAAAAAUACUAAUUAAGAAAAUUAUUUUUUGUAGUGUGGAUCUUACACAUAGAAGUAUCUUUGCAGGUAAACCAUGGUGUAGGUAAUGCUACACUGUACGAUAAACAAUGCCAAAUGACAAAUAUAAUUUUUAAUGUGAUAAUGAAGCAUAAUUUACAACAUGCAGUUACAGGGUAGAAUUUAGUGUUUUCUUUGUUCAUAGGAAUCUAAUGACAACACUUUAUCCAUAUUUUCAAACGAAACAUUUCAGUUUUUAAAUACAUGUGCUUAUUUAAAAAGGGAAAACCCACAGAAAAUGCAUUUCAUUAAACCAUGAGAAUACAUUUCUUUGCUGUAUGUAUUCAUUGACUUUCCUGUACAUUUACAUUUGUUUUUCGUUCACUUAU